AUGGAGGAAGCCGCUGGUGAAGCUGCCGCAGAAGAGGAGGUCCCCGAGCUGGGGGAAGUCUCCGGUGACUCUACCGCAGAUGAGGAGGCCCCCGAGCUUCACCCCGAGCUGGGGGAAGCCUCCGGUGACGCUGCCACAGAAGAGGAGGCCUCCGAGCUUCACCCCGAGCUGGGGGAAGCCUCCGGUGACUCUGUCGCAGAAGAGGAGGCCCCCGAGCUUCACCCCGAGCUGGGGAAAGCCUCCGGUGACGCUGACACAGAAGAGGAGGCCUCCGAGCUUCACCCCGAGCUGGGGGAAGCCUCUGGUAACUCUGCCGCAGAAGAGGAGGCUCCCGAGCUUCACCCCGAGCUUGGGGAAGCCUCCGGUGACGCUGCCGCAGAAGAGGAGGCCCCCGAGCUGCAGCCCGAGCUGGAGGAAGCCUCUCUGAACGCAAAGUUCUCAGUGACUCCCCCCCCCUCCCCCCAAUCACCACUUCCCACCUCCACCACGUACCUUUACUGCCUAUGA